UUUCCAAUCUGGAUGACUUUUAUUCCAUUUUAUUGCCUAAUUUCCCUUUCUAGGACCUUCGGUUCGACAUUAACCGUAAGUGGUAAGAGUGGUGUAAGGGCAUAUACAAAUGAAAAAUAAGAGACUUAAUAUUCUGCUAAAAAUGAAGUGACAUCCCUCCUUGUAGAUUAUUUUCUCUGUAAAGUUGUAAAUUCUUUGCGCUUUUGAGAAUGAACCAUAAAUCUUCUUAAAUGUCUCUUGGCAGUUUUACAGCCUAGAAUGUCUUUCCCAAGGACCUCAGAACCAUCUUUUUGAAAUGUAAUAGGGAGCUGGCACUUCUGUCUCCCAGAGUCUGUGAGAGGGUAGAAGCCUAAACUUUGGUGGUUGGGGUCUUGAUCCAAGUUGCAAAACUACCUCCUGUCAUAAAGAUAGGAGAAGCUUGUUUUUUUAACUUGUAAAACCAAUAAACUAACACAGGUGGUCAUCCCAAUUACCAGGCAAAUUUAGGGCAAACAAUGUGUGAUAAAUGAUGCUGUGAAAUUCUCCUACUUGAGAAUUAGUUAUUGUUUAUUUUUGCAACAUUUAUGUGAUGGGAUGUAUCUGCUUGGCUAUAAAAAGGUGAGAUUUCUUUCUGUCCUUGGAUUGUCUUUGAGAUAUAUCCCGCCAUUCAAUGAUAAGAUUAUUUUCUUUGUCUUCUGCCUGAGUGGCUAAGUUUUCUAGGUUCGGAGAAGAUUUGUUUUAAAUUAGAUUUCCCUAACAAUUUCGGCGAUAAGGAUGGUGAUUCCUGACCACUCUAAUGCUAAAUCGGGUAUGCUUUCUCAUCAAUGAGUGUCUGAAAGGACGAACGAAAUAAGAGAGGUAUGAUACUGUCGAUAUUACAAUAUAAAUAGAACACAGACUGUCUCUGGAAGAAAUUCUGCAGGUGCAUUUUGCAGUAGAAACUGCUAGGAGAGCCAAUUCAUCAGGGAAAUGGAAUUAAUGAAAGAGGUGUGUAUUUAGAUUCUUAGCAUUCAUUUCGGACAAGCAAUGAGUCAAACUGUACUAUCGGUGCCUCCUGCUUGUACCUUAUUUGCUAAAUCGGGCAGUUAUACCCAACGUCUCCUAAGCCUGAAGGCUGAUUCCGAAGGAGGUGUCGCCAGGGUCUUAGGAAACUCAGCGCGCGCUUCCUGCUCGGGCGCAGGAGCCGCUCGGGGCCUUCUGCGCAUGUGCGAUGCGCUCCUCCCGGUAGUUCACGUCGCCGCCGCGACAUCGCGAGAAGACGGUCCCGGAUGCUCUCGCGACUGAGGGCCUGGAGGCAGGCGGGGAGGACGUGGUGGGUGAGACCCGGGUGGCUGUGGUGGUUGUUGGUGACCCGUGGGACGGAGGCCCCGUGCGGGAGGGGCCGGUGACGGAGGAAACGACUCGGUGCCUGAGCGCGGGGUGAGUCCUGCUCCGUCUGUAUGCAUCGAAUGCGAACCAGCGCGUCCCCGCUCUUGUUACCCAGCGAAGGUUCGUGUUGUCGUCUCCGAGGUGAAGGGUCGCCCGAGGCCUCGGGAUUAUUGUCAUUCGGGGAUGUGACUGUGGGCUUCACUGAGGAGGAGUGGCAGCGCCUGGACCCUGCUCAGAGGACCCUGUACAGGGACGUGAUGCUGGAGAACUACAGCCACCUUGUCGCAGUGGGGUUAUCCGUUCCUAAACCAGAAGUGAUCCUCAAGUUGGAACAAGGAGAGGAGCCGUGGAUAUUAGAGUCCCCAGGCCAGAGUGACCCAGAAUUAAUUAAUAGCAGUAGAAAUUAUUCAAGAAAGAAGUUCAAUGAGUUUAACAAAGGUAGAAACUGGCUCCAUAAUGAUAAGCAUGAAGGAAUUUAUUCUGAAGAGAAACUUUAUAAAUAUAAUAAAAAUGGGAAUGGCCUCCAUCUUAAUGAAGAUUUUGUUCACCGUCAGAAAAUUCAAAUUUUGGAGCAACCUUUUGAAUACAGUGAAUGUAGGAAAGCUUUCCAUGAGAAUUCACUCUUUGUUGUACAUAAGAAAACUUACACAGGAAAGAACUCCUGUGAACACACUGAUUAUGGGAAGAUCUUCUGUGAUAUGUCAUCCCUCAUGGCUCAUCAGAGAACACAUCCAAGAGAGAAUCAGUAUGAAUUUAAUGAAUGUGGAGAAAAUUUCUUUGAGGAAUCCAUUCUCUUUGAGCAUCAGAGUGUUCAGCCUUUCAGCCAGAAGUCAAACCUCAUUCCAGUUCAGAGAAGCCACUCAGUUGACAAUGUGAUUGGAUAUAAUGAAUGUAGAACGUUUUUCAGUGAAAAGCUAGUCUUUGGUGUACAACAGAGAACACGCACAGGAGAAAAACCUUAUGAGUGUCGUGAUUGCGGAAAAACCUUCAACCAGAAGUCAGCCCACACAAGACAUCAGAGAACACACACAGGGGAAAAAUCUUGUGAAUGUCAAGAAUGUGGGAAAACUUUCUACAAGAAUUCAGACCUCAUUAAACACCAGAGAAUUCACACAGGGGAGAAACCUUUUGAAUGUCAGGAAUGUGGGAAAUCCUUCAGUGAAAAGUCAACCCUCACUCAACAUCGAAGAACACACACAGGGGAGAAACCGUAUGAAUGUCGUGAAUGUGGGAAAGCCUUCUCGUUCAAGUCAGUCCUUACUGUACAUCAGAAAACACACACAGGGGAGAAGCCCUACGAGUGUUAUGAAUGUAGGAAAGCCUUUCUUAGAAAAUCAGACCUCAUUAAACAUCGAAGAACUCACACAGGGGAGAAACCUUAUGAAUGUAAUGAAUGUGGGAAAUCCUUCUCUGAGAAGUCAACCCUUACCAAACAUCUGAGAACUCACACAGGUGAGAAACCCUAUGAAUGUAUUGAAUGUGGGAAAUUUUUUUGCUACUACUCGGGUUUCACAGAACAUCAGAGAAGACACACAGGGGAGAAACCUUUUGGAUGUAAUGAAUGUGGGAAAAACUUCCGUCAGAAGUCAGCCCUAAUUGUUCAUCAGAGAACUCACAUAAGACAGAAACCCUAUGAAUGUAAUGAAUGUGGGAAAUCAUUCUGUGUAAAGUCAAAACUCAUUGCACAUCAUAGAACACACACAGGGGAAAAACCCUAUGAAUGUAAUGUAUGUGGAAAAUCAUUUUAUGUGAAGUCAAAACUCACUGUACAUCAACGAACACAUUUGGGGAGAAACCCUAUAAAUGUAAUAAAUGGGGGAAAUCACUCUGGGUGAAGUCAAAAUUUUAUAGAAAAUGAAUGCGAAAGGGGAGAAAAAUCUGUUGCUGUAAUGAUUUUGAAAAUAUCUUAGGUCUAAAGUCAGUUCUCACAAUACAGCAGAGAACUUAUAGAGGGGAGAGAAUAAUAUGAAGCUAUUGAAUAUAGAAAACUUUAGUGCUGGAAUUUGAACCAUAGAAUAUAUCAGAAAUCUCAGAGUGGAGAACACCUUAUCAGCAAAUCGCCCAAAGCCACACCUCACAAGUUAGAAACCUCUAUUAAUGUUCAUAGGGUAGAAAAUACUUGAUCCACAGGCUAUAGAAAAUGCACAUAUUAUAGGAAGCUAUAGGAAAGCAUUGUGCUAUUUUAUUAGUUGUGUGUAGCAUCUCAGUGGAUAUCAGUAGUUACUAGACAAAAUACAUUAUUUUAAAUGGGAGCUUUAAGUUAAAAUCUAAGCUUAUGCAUCAGAUAUUUUGAAUUGAAGGAUCUCUGGCAAUUUAAGGUGGAGGAUGGUUUUCAUUUAGAAAUAGCUUUGUAUUUUUGUUGAGAUGCAAUUUGGCCCAUUGCCGGGCUUGUUAUUCCCCACUGUUUAAGGUAUUAGAUGUGAAAACACAGCACUCUGGGACCAGCAGUUGGAAGCAAGUCAGAGGCUCAUGCAUCUGCAGAAGAAGGGAAGAUUUUUAGCAAGAGGACCCACCAGGAGGACUUCGGAUGCCCAGGUAGAGAGAGAGGUUCUGGAUUGUUGGCUCAUGGACGGGCAGCUUGCCAGCAGGAUGUGUUCAUGCUUCUGGGGCAGACUGUUGAGAGCGGCUCAUCCUGGCCUAGGGGGUCAGAGGGGAAAGGUGGGUUGCUGCACGCACAACUUAGUGGAGGCAGUAGAAGUGAGCGUGCAUGAAGCAUAGGUGGUCUCUUUCCUGGCAGGCAUUUACGUUUGUCUCAGUGUCACCCUGCUGGGGUGACUUGUCAUACCCCACUCUGUCUCUCCACAUACUUAAUACUUUCAUAGGUGAUGUAACAAUUUCCAAAAAACGUAAUAGUCACACACAAAAAUGUAUCCUUUGGAGCGCCAGGGUGGCUCAUUUGGUUAAGCAUUCAACUCUUGAUUUUGGUUCGGGUUGUGAUCUCAUGGUUCGGGAAUUUGAGCCCCAUGUUAGGCACCAUGCUGAGAGCGCAGAGCCUGCUUGGGAUUAUCUCUCUCAGCCUGCCUGCCUCUCUCUCUCUCUCUCUCUCUCUCUCUCUCUCUCUCUCCCCGUCUCUCUCAAUAAACAUUUAAAAAUGCAUUCUUAAAUAUAAGGCUUUAAGAAAGCACAAGUAAAAAUAAGUAAAUUAAAAAGCACAAGUAGAUUCCAGUGCUGGGUAGUAACUUGUAGCAGGUCGGUGCCCUAAUGAGAACAACUAGAGAAACAUCACAAAAAGCAUCUGUUUCAUUGCAGCUUAUUGCUGCAGGAGCAAAGAGGACUAAAGGUAAAAUUCAGGAGAGGAGUGAGUCACAGAAAGUUCCCUGGGCAAAAUGCACCUGUUUCCCCUGGGAGCAUUUGCCAGCUUUGGGCACAGAGGAACCUGAGUCCUGAGCUUGGCUCAGGUAGAGGGUGAAGCUCGUAGCAAGAGGGCGGAGACCAGAAGCCAGCAGAACUUUCAGCAGUCAAGGCUGGAGUGAAAAUUUCUUCAACAUUAGAGGCUUAAGCCUCGUAGCUAGUUUCUCAAAUUUUUAGAAGAUUGACUCAGGACGGGAAGGAGCCUGAAAAGCUAGGCCGAAAGUCGAUUUUAUUCAGGACAGAAAAAAUGAUUGGAAUUCAGUUCCAAAAAAUGAUUGGAACUGUUAGUAGGAUGGGCCCUUGGUGAGCACAGCGUGCUAUCAGUAAAGGUAAGGUCAUACCAGAGGUCAGUUGUACAAAUGAUACCUGAUAUUAAAAAAACAAAACAAAACUGCCCAGAAAGAAAACUCUGAG